CUCCAGCAACGAACAUCGACCAUCAGAGGGGAAUUUGAAAGGCCUUUUCACCCAGCAUUUAAAGACCACAGCAGCAAACCAUUCAUUCGAUCUAUCAUGCUCAAAGUCGUGAAGCCGCGCAAUGCGCGCUCCAAGCGCGCUCUCGAGAAGCGCGAGGCCAAGGAAGUGGAGAAUCCCAAGACAGCCUUGUUCAUUCAUGGGUUGCGCGUUAGCGACACAGUCAAGACGGCAAUGGUCGAGCUGGCCGCGCUGAAGAAGCCGAAUGUUAUCAUGUUCAACAAGAAGAACGAGAUCGCCCCUUUCGACGAUGCUUCCAGCUUGGAGUUUUUUGCUGGCAAGAAUGACGCGAGCUUGUUCGUCGUCGGGAGCACACAGAAGAAGCGGAAGGACAACCUCGUCUGGGUCAGGACAUUCGAUGGCCAGGUGCUGGACAUGCUUGAGAUGGGCGUCCUCGAGGGAAAGGCGAUGCGAGAAUUCAAAGGGACCCUGAAACCUGGCCUCGGAAAUCGUCCCUUGUUCCACUUUUCGGGACCACAAUUUGCAGUUGACGAAUCUUUGAAUGUGGAUCGCGUUUCUGCACAAGAGCUUGCGGCAUCCUACCUCGAAUCUGAAUAUCCAGCGCACCAGCACCUCAAGUCACUUUUGAUGGACUUUUACCGCGGCGAGGAACUUCCGAGCGGGGCACAGGGACUGCGGCCUGGAGAGCACCAGAUUGCUCUGUCAGGUCUGCAACACGUGAUUUGCGUCACUGCAGGCGAGAUGAGCAAAAGCAAUGGAGAUGUAUCAGCAGGCAAGCAAGAUGCGGAGGAUGCGCUGAACGCUAUCGAAAGCAACAAGCUCGCGGAAUUGUACGCGGCCGGUAACGCGACCUCCACUUCCAACGCGACCGGCGCAUCCGCGAAUAUCGACCGCUCGUUCGAGGGCUCUAUCGUGCAUUUCCGAACGUACGCGCUCGACCUACGUGCCUCCGGCUCGCGCAAGCCGCGGGUGGAGUUGCAAGAAUGCGGGCCGUCCUUUGACUUUGUGCUGCGUCGACGACGCCCAGCGACAUUCGACGCGCUCGCCAACACUCUGAAACGUCCCAAGACGGUGCUGGAGAAGAACAGCCAGGGCAAGGGCAAGCGGAAGAAUGUGGGCACGGACGAUAUGGGUGACAUGGUCGGCCAGGUGCAUAUGGAGCGGCAGGAUCUGGACAAGCUGCAGACGAGGAAGAUGAAGGGUCUCAAGGCUGGGCCAGCAGCGGCGCAGAGCGGCGGAGAGAGUGAUGAGGAUAAAGAUGAAGAGGGAGGCGACAGCAAUGGGGGAGAGGAAUACAGCGACGAUGAUGAGGAGAUCGUCUAUGGCGAGGAUUCGGACGAGGAGCUCGAAAUGGAGGAUCUGACGAGUCAGCCGCUUGGCGACGCGGUAGCCCCGAGCAAAAAGCUAAAGAUGGCAUAAUGUGCCCUACUUUGCAUUGACCGAUCCGCUUCGUCAUUUGUACGUGUACAGUUGUGCAAU